AUGAAGUUUUUCAGAUUAAUUUCCCUACUAAUCGCACAAUUUAUCAUAAAUACUACUAUUGCAGUAUCUCCUGUAUCGGCAAUUUUACCAAAACUGAGUUUCACUCCAUUUGAUUCACCAGAAUUUUGUUCACAAAUCAUAACUUCUACUUGUAAUACAACUUUCACAUAUAUUGAUGAAUUGAAUAAAGAGAUUCGUCCUUAUUUGUCGGAAUUAGUCAAGACUCUGUAUUUCCGUUAUUUCAAAGUUAAUUUAGAUAAGCAAUGUCGGUUUUGGAAUGCUCAACAUUUUUGUGCUAGUGAAAAUUGUGCAGUAGAAAUAUUGGAAGAUUUUAAUUGGAGUCAAGUUACUAAUGAUAAUUUGAAACCUUCAGGUUUAGGUAAGAUAUCUUUACCUGAUAAAUCAUCAAUUGAUAAUCCUAUUGAAACUGAAGAAGUUCAAACUUGUGAAGAUUUAGAUUAUAGUGAAAUAGAUGAUGAUCAUCAUUGUGUUUAUGUCAAUUUAGUAAAUAAUCCAGAAAGAUUUACUGGAUAUGGUGGGAAUCAAAGUUUUGAUGUUUGGAAGGCAAUUUAUCUGGAAAAUUGUUUCCCCAAUACUAAUCCAAUGUCAAUGACCAAUAAUGAUGAUGGUGGUGAACAAUGUAUUGAAAAAAAUUUGUUUUAUCGUUUAGUUAGUGGUAUGCAUGCUUCAAUUGCAGUACAUUUAUCAAGAGAAUAUUUGAAUUCUGAAACUGGUGAAUUUUAUCCUAAUUUAAAAGUAUUUAUGGAAAGAGUAGGUAUGCAUAAUGACAGAUUAUCUAAUAUUUAUUUCAAUUAUGCCUUAGUGUCUCAAGCUAUAGUUAAAUUGAGUGAAAUUUUACCAUUAAGAGAAUUCAUCCAACUGGGUUAUGAUGACAUUACCCCAGCACAAAAGCAACAUUUAUUGGCUAAUAAUGAUGUCGAAUCAGUUGAAGUUUAUGAUCGUUUAUUGUUGGAUGAUAUUAUUCCCAGUUUAGAAUCAAAUGUUGUAUUUAAUACUACUAAUUUAUUUGAUAAUACCAAUUUGAAAGAUGAAUUUAGAUCAAGAUUUAGAAAUAUUUCUGCUAUUAUGGAUUGUGUUGGUUGUGAUAGAUGCAGAAUGUGGGGGAAAAUCCAAACUAUUGGUUAUGGUACUGCUCUUAAGAUUUUAUUUGAAGAUGAUAAUUAUGAUAAUCAUAAUUUGAAAUUUAGAAGAAUUGAAAUUGUUGCUUUGAUUAAUACUUUUGAUCGUUUAUCUAAAUCAAUUGAAAGUAUUAAUAUGUUUAAAGAAAUGUAUUUACAACAUCUUAAAGAUGUUGCUGAAGGAUUGACUCAACCUGGGGUUUACGACAAUAUACAAAAUAAAAAACCAGGUAAUGGAUUUGCCUUCCCAUUUGUUAGUCCAUUACCUCAGAAGAAAAUUGAUCCAACUAAUUCACAAAAAAAUCAACCUCAAUCAACUGACAAGAAAAGACUUACAUUAGAAGAAAUUGCUCAUACAAAACCAGAAGAUCGAACUUUUAUUGAAGACUUUAGAUUAUCAUUUAAUGAAGUUUGGCAAGCAUUAAAAUUUGUUUUAACUAGUUAUCAAAGAUUUCCAGAGGUAUUGGGUAGAUUCACUUUAGUGCAAUUGAAUGAAUGGUGGAAUAAAUUACUUGGUAAACCAACAGUUUAUGAGUAUGAAAGUGCUAUAGAUGUUGAUGCCCAACAAUACACUCAAGUAAUUGGAUAA